AUAGCUUGUUUCUACCUGAUAGGAUCAUUGAGAAUGUUCUACUUCAUAUCAUUAUUUUGCACUUUUCUGUGCUGCCUCCAAGUGUCCAAUCAAGAAAAAGUACCAAUAAACACCUAUGAUUCUCUCGUGUCAUAUCUAACAAAUGGAUCACGAGUGUCAUAUUUUUUCAAUACCACAACCUGCCAACCAAUUUCAUCUACUGCUUCUGCUGCUGACUUACCAAUAUUUGGAGGUGAAAUUAAGUUCUUUUUGACUUCAAAGAGUCCAGAGGAGGAUGCUGUACAGCUGAUUUUCAACCACGAAGUAGUUGAAUACGACAAAAAAGGAGUAUUAAACGUAGACCUGUAUUCCAUGUAUAUAAUAGACGAUACUUUACUCAUGAUGUAUGGUAAACCAGGUUUCUUUGCUAACAACACUGACAACGUAAAGGGUGUUAUCUGCAAAUGGCCCAUUGGUAAUGGAAAUUUUUGGGCUGAUGAACCUGCUACCCUAAAACAUCUCGGUUCGUAUGAUAAUAUCCGGAAGACUAUGGUAGGUGGAGAUCUUAUUCGAUUUGUUAUUACAACCAGAGGUUGUAAAUGUCCGACUGGAGAAGACUGCGGAGAUGCUUAUGUCGGAGGAGAUAUGAAGGAUUUCAAGAUAACAAAAGAAGGGGCAAUCAACUUUUCUAAAUCUAUGAUAUUAUUUUUUCCUAUUCCUACCAGUCCAAUGUAUUAUCGAGAGGUGUUGGUCGGCACUGUUCAACCUAACAAUACAUUAAACUUUAUGUUAUCGUAUGUGGAUGCUACAACAUGGGAGAUAGAAAAUGGUGUUACUAUGGCAUGUCAAAUAGGAAGUACACCAGGACAUGCAGAUUUCUAUUUCAGUAGUGAUUAAUAAAAUAUAA